AAACUUCAGGUCUCUACGUUUAGUAAUAAAUCAACACCACUUUCUCUUAAUGUACAGAUUUUCAAAACUGAAUAUUUGCUAUCAGUUUUCAAGUCCACAAACAAUAAGAAAAAACUUUCCAACAUUAUCACUUUAAUUCAAUCAGUUAUUCGCAGAUUUAUCACAUUUUUGAAAUACGAGAAAGAAAUUUAUCAACAGAAUGAAAAUGCUCAGAAAAUAAUUGAAUGGUGGAAAAAAUUAACUUCAAAUUUAAAUAGAUCAAAGGGAAAACUAACAUAUCUCCCACAAUUAGAAAAACAUCCUUAUAAUGUAAAACAGAAAAUUUUUGAUAUUGAAAGUUUCCAGAUAGACAACAAAAAACAGUUUAUGGAGGAUGCAGACUUAAUUACUCCAAAUGACAAUGAUAAUAUUGAGGGAGAUGGCUCAUUGCUUUCUUUAUCAGCUUCAGGUAGUUUGGUUGAAAUUACAUGUAGUGCAAUUAUGAAGGAACAAAAGAGAAAGGAAAGUGAAUCAUUUACUGAGAGAAAAUAUGAAGAAAUUUGGAGCAUAAUAAUUGUGCAAACAGCUGUUCGAAGUUUAUUGACAUGGUUUCAAUUACAAAAAGAUGCAAUGGAAAUGACUCAGAAAAUUAUGAAUACGUUAUCCGAAAAUGCACAGAACUCACUCAUAAAUUUUUCUGAGGUUGAAAAAAUUGAUUCUGAGAAUAUCUUAAGUGCACUGAAACAUCCGAUAGAACAUCCAAUUGUGAAUAAUUCCAAUAAUUUGUGCCUGCUUCAGGAUGACAAAAAAGAAAAUAUUACUGAAGUAAAAACUGUGAAAGAAAAAAAGAAAUCAUUGGAUAUUGACACAAGCCCAUUAUUUGUUUCAAGAUCAAAUGCAACCAUAGGAUCUUUUAAAGAACUGAAACAAAAUAUUUUUAUGAAUACUGAAAAUAUAAAAUGUAAAAGAAAAGAGGUUAGAAAGAAACAACUGGGAAAAAUAUUCUAGAAAAUUCAAUGUAGAGUAACCAAAGGG